CUUCAUCUCUCUCUUUCUCUGGUGAGAGAGCUGAACCACGAUGCUCUCGCACAAUUCGAGUUCCCUGGUGCUAGGCGCAGUGGCUGUCUUGGUGACGGCUCUGACUAGUAUUCCGGCAGGUGGGAGUAUUAUUGCGCGUGCCAAACAGAGACGGUCGGAGCAGGAUGAAUCGGCGAUUGACAAGAAUCUCUACCAGGACGAAGAUGGCGAGGCGACCGACGAAUCGGUGCGCAGCUUCUCCGACAAGUGGCAGCGUGUCGCAGUCAUUCUGUUCUCGACGACGGGGCUUCUCGCGACGCUGGGACUGGCAACCCUAACAACAUUGCAACCGGCUACCAAGAAUGCGGUGUUUUCCUGGCUACAAUUUGUUCUCUGGGUAAUACUUCUACUCCAAGCAGUCGUCUUGUUCGUCGAGCCGCAAUCGACACAGCGAUAUACCCUGGGCCAGUUCGCCUUCCUCGGCAGUGUCGUGGCCAUUCUCGUUGCAGGUCUGGAUCUCUAUCAAAAGGAUGUAUUUCAGCACACGGUCAAGCCAGACGACAUCUGGCUGUACCUGGUCACGACGCAGCUCGCAAGUGCCCUCCUACGGGCGCUGGGCAGCCUCCUGCUUCCCCGUCGCCCCGAUGUCUUCCACAAUGGUACGUUGGUCGAUCGGGAAUUCUCAGGAUCGGCGUUAGGUCGCUACUCGUUCGCCUGGGCCAACAGCCUGCUCGACUACACGGCGAAGAACCGGACGCUGGCCUUGACUGACCUGCCUAGACUGCGUGCCAACACGAGAGCUGACAGUCUCCAUCGACAUCUUGAACAUGUCCAACAGUCUCGAAAAAUGUGGAAAGCGCUCCUCCGGGCGCACUGGCGUGGUUUACUCAUGGCCCUGGCUCUGACCGUGAUGGUGAGUAUCUUGAGCCUUGGACCGCAGAUGGCCUUGCUCAACAUCCUCAGCGCCCUCGAGGCCCGGGAACGCGGAGAGUGGUAUCCUCUGCGGGCAGGAUUCUGGGUCUUCGGUCUGGGGGCCUUGAUGUUCAUCUCCUCGGUGUUCGAAAUGUGGUUGAUCUGGGUCGUGUCUUCGAAGCUGUUUGUGCCCAUCUAUGCAGAGAUCUCAGCCCUCGUCUUCGCCAAAUCCAUGCGGCGGAAGGACGUCAAGAGCAUUCAGAAGGCGAAGAAGAAGACAGAGUCCCAGGCGGACGGAUUUGCGACCGAGAUCGAGGAGGAGCUGGACGACGAGGCCUCCGUCAAGAAGACCCGACAAAGCAUCAUCAACUUGGCCGCGGUGGACGGUCGACGCAUCACUCAAUUCGCCACCUUCUCCUAUCUCAUUCCAUCCUCGAUCUUCAAGCUGGUGCUAGGGUGUGGCUUCUUGAUCCAGAUCCUCGGAUGGCGCAGCGCUCUGUCUGGUAUUGCGGUGGCCUUUAUGGUCACCCCCUUGAACUCCUUUGCCGCCAAGCGAUACACGGGCGCACAGGUCAAGCUCAUGAAGAUGAGGGAUCAGAAGCUGGCGAUUGUCACUGAGGUGCUCCAGGGCAUUCGCCAGAUCAAAUUCUCCGGGUUGGAAGCGCAGUGGGAAGCCCGCAUCCACCAGGCCCGCGAGAAGGAAUUGCAGGCUCUGUGGACCUCGUUUCUCUUCGAUGUGAUCCUGAUGGCCAUCUGGAUUCUAGGGCCCAUCGGUCUUUCCGCCGUCUCGUUGACGGUCUACGCCGUGCUCCACGGGGGGAUCUCCGCCUCCGUUGCCUUCACAGCCAUGUCGGUGUUUAGUUCCCUCGAACUCUCCCUGGCUAUUCUACCGGAGAUUAUCUCGCAAGGGCUGGAGGCCAAGGUCAGCAGCGAUCGCAUUGACACCUAUAUGGACUCCCCCGACCGGAUCGUCAACACACUGCCCGCCGACAAAGUCGCCUUUGAUAAUGCCUCGGUAGCCUGGCCGACCGAACAGGGCGUCGAGGAACCAGACAGGGAUCGCUUCGUGCUACGCAAUCUGACCCUGCAAUUCCCCGCCCAGGGCCUCAGUAUCGUGUCCGGUCGCACGGGGGCCGGCAAGAGUCUGCUUCUCUCCUCGAUUCUUGGGGAAUGUGACCUGCUCGAGGGAACGAUCCAGGUGCCAGUACCGCCUCCUAUCGCGGAUCGCUUCGACGAUCGCGCAACCAGUGCCAAUUGGACCGUCGACUCGGCCAUUGCCUAUGUGGCGCAAAUCCCAUGGAUUGAAAAUGCAACGAUCAAAGCCAAUAUCUUGUUCGGUCUACCUUACCACGAGGGACGGUACCAGAAGACGCUCGCUGCCUGCGCUCUGCAGAAGGACCUGGAGAUGUUGCCGGAUGGGGAUUUGACGGAUAUUGGCGCCAACGGGGUCAAUUUGAGUGGUGGCCAGCGAUGGAGAGUCUCUUUCGCCCGUGCGUUGUAUUCCCGUGCAGGUAUUCUGGUUCUGGAUGAUAUCUUCAGUGCGUUGGAUGCGCACACCGGACGCCAUGUCUACGAGGAUGCCCUCACGGGUGAGCUGGGUCAAGGCCGCACGAGGAUCUUGGUAACGCAUCACGUUGGCUUGUGUCUGUCUCGAGCGGAUUACUGGGUGGAAUUGGAGGAUGGUAACGUGCGUUAUGCCGGCCCUGUGGCGGAGGAGCAGAAGAAACACCAUUCAGCCCAGGUGGCCGACGACAGUGAUAGCAAUAGCACUGCAGUCGCCGAGGAGGAGACGGUCGAGGAGGUCAUCUCUCACACCACCCACCGACGGCUGAGCACUGUGCAGCCCGAUGCAGCUGCUGGAAAACAGUCGUCGCCAAAGAAAUUUGUCGAAGAUGAGAAGAGAGAAGUAGGCUCCGUCCAGCUCUCGAUCUAUAAGAGUUACUUCUCCAUGGGGGGUCAUGGGCCGCGAUGGGUGCUCACGGCUGCUAUAUUCCUUUCCUACACGUCACUCGUGGUAACCAGGGCGUGGUGGAUCAACGUAUGGACGGCCUCCUCCUCGCAGACCCAUUCCAGCCCCGAGCUGUACAGCCUGGCCCUGGUGCAGCAACCUCUCGUACGACCCGCUUCAGCCCCCGUGGACUCCGAGCUGAAACGGUACCUGUUGGUCUACAUCGCAGUCAGCGUGCUGGCGUGUCUGAUGGGCACCAUGCGCUUCUAUCUGAUCCUCUCGACCAGCGUCCGCGCGGCCCGGAAUCUGUUCAAGCGACUGACCUACGCGGUGCUUCGUGCUCGCAUGCGCUGGCUCGACACGGUGCCAUUGGGUCGCAUCCUGAACCGCUUCACCUCCGACUUCAACUACAUUGACUCGACCAUCGGAUACCAGAUGGGCUACACGGGCACCCAAAUCCUCAAUGUCUGCGGAGUCAUCGUGGCCGGCGUCCUCGUCAGCCCAUUCGUGCUCAUUCUCGCCGCCGUGCUCCUCACGAUCUGUCUGCGUCUAGCCUUGAGAUUCCUCUCUGGGGCACGCGAGGUCAAGCGUUUGGAAAGUACAGCCAAGAGCCCCAUCUUCGAGCAUUUCGGGUCCAGUCUGGCUGGACUCGUGACGAUUCGCGCGUUCGGGAAGAGCAGUAUCUACACGGGCAUGAUCUACGAGCGGAUGAACGCCCAUGCGCAGGCCUUGUGGGCCAUGCUCCUGUUCAACCGCUGGUUGAGCUUCCGGAUGAAUCUCGUCGGGGCCCUGUUUGCUACGCUGACGGCCACCCUGAUCGUGAGUAUGCCGAGUAUCUCGGCUUCGCUGGCGGGGUUUGCGCUGAGUUUUGCCCUGCUGUUCAACACCGCCAUCUCGAUGGCGCUGAGGAGUUAUACAGAUGUCGAGCUCAGCAUGAACGCCACGGAACGGGUGAUUGAGUAUUCCAACAUCGAGCUGGAGAACCAGGGGGGCAUCGACCCGCCGGCGGCGUGGCCUACCGAGGGCCGCUUGGAGGUGCAGGACUUGGUGGUGGGCUACGCACCGGACCUUCCCCCGGUGCUGAAGGGUCUGAGCUUCAGCGUCGAGAAGAACCAGCGAGUCGGGGUCGUUGGCCGCACGGGCGCUGGCAAGUCGUCGUUGACCCUCGCUCUGUUCCGCAUUCUCGAGGCGCGCGAGGGCAAAGUUCUGAUCGACGGGCUGGAUACGGCCAAGCUUACUCUGAACAGUCUGCGCAGUCGACUGGCGAUUAUCCCGCAGGAUCCGGUGCUAUUCUCCGGGACUGUGCGGUUCAAUCUCGACCCUUUCGACGAGUACACCGAUACCGAGCUGUAUGACGCCCUGACUCGGGUGCAUCUGAUCUCCCCAGACGGCGCGGAGGCACCGGCGGUGGCGGCAGGAAAUCCGACGUAUCGACCGAAUGCGAAUAUCUUUACGUCUCUGUCUGCGCCAAUCUCUGAAGGCGGCCUGAAUCUGUCCCAGGGCCAGCGCCAGUUGCUCUGUCUGGCGCGGGCGAUUGUAUCGCGCCCGAAGAUUAUGUUUCUGGAUGAAGCCACGUCGGCCGUGGAUAUGGAGACGGAUGCCCUCAUCCAGCAGUCGAUCCGAGCUGAGUUCGGUCGCAAUGAUACCACGCUGCUGGUCAUCGCGCAUCGACUGAGUACCAUUGCGGAUUUCGACCGUAUUCUGGUGAUGGAUGCCGGGCGCGCGGUGGAAUUCGGGGCACCGAGGGAGUUGCUGGGGAUUGAGAACGGGGUGUUCCGGACGUUGGUGGAUCAUAGUGGCGAGAAGGAGUUGCUGGAGAAAAUUAUCCUUGAGAAGGAGUAAGCGAUCAGUAGCCUGCGCCCAAAAAGAGAGUGAAUUGAAGCAUUUCAACGAAUUAGACUGAACAGGAAAUGUGAUUUUUGGUUAUUUAUA